UACACACAAUGCACCCCUUUUAAAACCUAAACUCUGUGGAGUCGUCGAGCAAAGCGGGAGUGGGAGAAACCGAGAGGGGAAGGCAGCAAACGGCGACGACUGAAAAAUUGCCGCCGGCGAUAAGGUGCAGUUUCAUACAUCCCCGCUCCGUAAUGUUUUGUGGCCUUAACUGAUGAUGGCAGGUGAAAAGUCGGACACAGAGAUUUUUGUUAAAGAAAAAUUAGCUUCAGGAUUGGCAAAUGGCAGCGAGGAAGCUAGUGACCAUGCUCAUCUAGUGCCACAAAAUGAAGAAGUUACAAAGAAGAAAAAGAAGAAAAGUAAAAGCAAAAAAAAGAAGGAACCCGUGCAGACUGAUCCGCCAUCUAUUCCUGUUAUUGAGCUUUUUCCAUCUGGGGAGUUUCCAGAGGGUGAAAUUCAACAGUACAAAGAUGAUAAUCUGUGGAGGACUACAUCCGAAGAAAAGAGGGAGCUGGAGCGCCUUGAGAAACCAAUGUAUAAUGCCGUGCGUCAAGCAGCAGAAGUUCAUCGUCAGGUUCGGAAAUACAUGAAAGGUAUUUUGAAGCCUGGAAUGUUAAUGACUGAUCUGUGUGAGACCUUGGAGAAUACAGUCCGUAAGCUAAUAUCAGAGAAUGGUCUGCAGGCAGGCAUUGCAUUUCCGACGGGAUGCUCCUUAAACGGGGUGGCGGCACAUUGGACCCCAAAUUCAGGAGAUAAAACUGUGCUUCAAUAUGACGAUGUAAUGAAGUUGGAUUUUGGAACUCAUGUUGAUGGGCAUAUAAUUGAUUGUGCAUUUACAGUGGCAUUCAAUCCUAUGUUUGAUCCACUACUAGAAGCUGCACGUGAAGCAACCAAUAUGGGUAUCAAGGAAUCUGGAAUUGAUGUACGCCUUUGUGAUGUUGGUGCUGCCAUCCAAGAGGUUAUGGAAUCGUAUGAGGUUGAAAUUAAUGGAAAGGUGUUCCAAGUUAAAAGUAUACGAAAUUUGAAUGGACAUAGCAUCGGGCAAUAUCAGAUCCAUGCUGGAAAGUCUGUUCCGAUCGUGAAAGGAGGAGAACAGACAAAGAUGGAAGAGGGUGAAUUCUUCGCAAUAGAAACCUUUGGCUCGACAGGAAAAGGAUAUGUUCGAGAAGAUUUAGAAUGCAGCCAUUAUAUGAAAAAUUUUGAUGUUGGCCACAUUCCGCUGCGGUUACCAAGAGCAAAACAACUGCUAGCAACGAUUAACAAGAACUUCUCCACUCUGGCCUUCUGCAGACGUUAUUUAGACCGCUUGGGGGAGACUAAAUACCUGAUGGCAUUGAAGAAUUUAUGUGAUGCUGGCAUUGUUCAGCCUUAUCCUCCUCUGUGCGACAUUAAAGGCAGCUAUGUGUCGCAGUUUGAGCAUACCAUAUUACUUCGGCCAACCUGCAAAGAGGUGAUAUCCAGGGGGGAUGACUACUGAUUCAGAAAGAGCCCAGGUUACCUCUUUUGGUCAUACUUGUAUGGCAGAUUCCAACAAAUGUUUUCCGACUGGAAUUUUAAAUGUCUGUUCAACCACAGUUUGUACUAUCCGUGUUGUACUCUGUUCUGGCUGUGUUAUUUGCUGAAGCAUUCGUGUUUAUGGUUUUCCCCGAUGUGAAGAGACUUGAGCAUGUUCAUAAUCUGUAACAUUUCAGCCAUAGACGAGGUGAUAGAUUGCCCCCCCUGCGUUUAGCUCUCAAAUAUUAUCUGGAGCCCAGCGGAGAAGGAUCAAAUUUUUUACCUUCCAACAGCA